UUCGCAUAUGUGAUCAAUGCGUAAAUAUUGCAAAACAGAAAGUUAUUUCUGCGUAGGCGCUCGAUCUGUUUCAUUUCUGACAAAAGUAUUAUACUUUCAGGAGAUAUAUAUAAUAUAUAUAGCUUUAUACACGUAAUGUACGAUAUUAUAAAUGGAUAAGGGUGUUAUCCUUAAUUGUUUUCUCUGGAUUUGUCCAGUUUUCGCUUCAAAUGUUGAUAUAUUGGAACCAGACAGCCUUGCUUACGGAAAAACAUGUGAAUGUGGCCGAGAUCUAACAUUAUCUUGUAAGUUCAAGAAUAAAACUUUUGCCAUUGCUUGGAUGAAUCAAAACGAUAUUUCAGCAAUUGCUCAGUGUAUAAGAAACAAAUGUGACAUUAACCCUAAAUACAAUGGUCAAUACAAGAUAUCAUAUGAUGAGACAAAUCACAUCUUUAAUUUAACAAUUAUUAAUAUAACCAUGAAAGACAAUGGAAGAAAGUUGGUGUGUUCAGAUGGAACCAGUACUGAUUCACAGCUUAUUAGGGUCAAAGAUUUCGAGCCUCUGAUUUUUGAAAAUACAACAGCUGGGACCAUACAAGCUAUCUCUGGCUGUAUUUCAAAUGUCACGAAAGUUUCGUUUAAAUGGAUAAAGAUAUGUGGACGUAACAAGCGCGAGAAAGAAAUCACCCCAAAAAUCCACAACACAACUACAAGUUGUUCGAAUAGUUCUGAUUGUGGGAAUGAUCAGCAAAUACAGUACUCAGAGGUAAUUUCCGCAAAGGCUAGUAACAAUGGAAAUUGCUAUCUGAAAGUUGUUGCGGAUUAUGGGAAUGAAAAAAUAGAGUCGUAUCAUACCGUUGGAAAAUACAUGAUGGAGGAUCAAGAUGAAGAAAGAAGCAAUGCUGUAAUUGUGGUUGCAGUAAUUGUACCUGCCUUUUUACUGAUUUUUGCAUCAGCUAUAUAUUUCAUUUACUUACGUCACCAAAAAAAGAAAGAAGACGAAAUACAAAGUCUAGGGUAUAAUGGAAUAGAAGAUCAUAAGGAGGAAGAGGUUAUUUCUGAAGCAAAUGACAUGACUUCAAACGAAACUAAAGAAAACGACAAUUCUCACUGUCAAACUGUGCCCAAAAUUGAAGAAAAAAACGGUCUCUCCUCUAAAGGACAAACCAGCAUUGAUCUUAAUCCAGAUAGAGAUGUUGUCGAAAAUGAUAGAAAACAAAAAAAUUUGCUUGCUAAACUCCACUAUUUUUUUGUUGAUAUACCAACAAAUGAUGAGGAACACGACUUGUCUGCUAUCGAACCUACAGCAAACGACAGUUUCCUAGGUCAAGAUAUUCCCGAAAUUGAAGAAGAAAACAAUCUGGCAUCUAAAGAACAAACAAGACUUGAUCUUAAUUACAGAUGGAGGUGACCUCAGACAUGAUGAAAAACAUAAAAUACCUGCUUGCAUAAUAACAUGAUUUAGAUGAUGAUAUGCUUGAAAAUGAAGAAGAAAAAAAUAUGUUAUAUAAAGAACAAACCAUAAUUGACCUUAGAACAGAUUUUGUUUCUUUAAUAAAGGAUUCUUAAUUAAUUAUUCGUAUAAAAUAUUUACUUGCUUUGUAUUGGAAAAAAAUAGUAAUGAUAACAUUCACAUAUACCCUAUUUUGAUUUUUAUAUUGCUGUUUAAAUGAAGUAUUGUCUUGUAAUCAGAUUGUUAUAUGUUAAUUAAAUAAUAAUAUAGCUGAAUUGGAGAUAUUCUAAACUUAUCAAAUAUGUUCAAAAAUAGCGAAUUGUAAUGGUAAGAGUGAACAGGCACAAAUCAAAUUAACUUUUCAUACGUUUAUAUUUUACGACAAACAAUGUGACCAAUGUAAAUUUCUCUAAAUAUUAAUCACAAUGUAAAAGUAACGUACAAUUAUUAAAAAGAUUGGAGCAGUCUUUUUAUAAUAAAGGCUUUUU